AUAGUAAUUAUCUUAUCUAAGCCCUUCCCAAACAAUUGACAUUUGUGAUAGAAUGAAUUGGCAGGAACCAUGCAUAGUUUUCUCUCCUCACUGGAGUCUACGGCUCGGUCCAGCUGUUCAUUUGCUCCAGCGCUGGUCUGGGGAUCAAAACUCUCUACUCAUUCUUGAGAGUGGACCGGAUGUUGAUCUGGCUCUCUUGCCUUUCAAGCCAAUGGAAAUGAAGGUUCUUGAAUGCUCAUUUCUCUCUGGCAUAAGGUUGCAGAAUGUUGAACCGUUGCUGAAGAUAUUGCAACCAAAAGUUGUUCUGCUACCUAAAGAUUUGAAGCAGAUUAGCUCUUUGAAAUCAAAUUCAUGCUCGACCUUUCACUACUGCAUUAAUGAAACGUUACGUAUACCAAGCUUGAAGGACAAUUCAGAACUAGAGAUUGCAACAGAUUUAGCUUCCCAGUUUAAUUGGAGGAACUUGAAACAGGAAAAUAUUAAUAUGACAAGGUUAAAGGGAGAGCUCUGCGUAGAUCAGGGCAGACAACAGUUGUCCACUGGCAAUCAAGAGUCCUCAGAGAGUAGACCGCUGGUACACUGGGGUUCACCUGAUUUGGAGAAGCUUUUGGUUGUGUUAUCAAACAGGGGCAUCAAGGCAACGCUUAGCGAUGCAUUUGGUUCUGAAUCAGAAAGUGCUUCUCUAGUACAUGUCCAUGAUCCCAACCAAGCUCUUAUAGAAGUCAGAACAACAAGCACUGUUAUUAGUACUGCUGAUGAAAGUUUGGCCUCCAUUAUUUUUGAAGCUAUAGGUAGUGUUCUAGAUGGCGUUUAGAUGAAAGGAAUUUCACUUGUUUCAUGCAAUUCUUAUCGGCCAUGUUUGGUGACUAGGAUUGGACUGGCAACAUGCAUAGUUUACUGUAUGUACGAUGAGAUAUUGCUACU